AUGGCUACUGGCAAAGAUAGCAGUGUGGGCAAAUGGAUCUUCAUUGACUUGAUGCACCUGAAGAAGCAAGGGGGCUUUCGCAUAUCCUUGUUCUACAGAGACAUCAUCAGCAUCGCUGAGGAUGAGGACCUCGGGGUUCACUUUGAGGAGUCAAGCAAGCUGGAAGAUCUGCUGAGGAAGGUCCGAGCCAAGGAGACCAAAAAGCGAGCGCUGGCCAGGUUGAAGUUCAAGCUCGGUAAAGAUGUAGUGCUCAUGGUGGGCAUUUAUAACCUGAUCCAGAAAGCUACCAAGCCUUUUCCCGUGAGGCUCUAUCGAGAAACCAAUGAACCAGUGAAAACCAAGACGAGGACUUUUAAUGUGAACACAGGCAGUCUGCUCCUGCCUAGUGAUACCAAGCGGUCUCUGACCUAUGGGAGUCGUCAGAUUGUGCUAGAGAAAGAGGAGACGGAGGAGCUGAAGCGGUUUGAAGAGCCAGGUUUGAUUCUCGUGGGCUUUAAGCCCAUGGUAAUGCUGAAGAGGCACCACUACCUGAGGCCCUCCCUGUUCGUGUACCCGGAGGAGGCCCUGGUGAAUGGGAGCUCCACCUUGUUCAGCGCUCUGCUCACCAAGUGUGUGGAGAAGGAGGUCAUGGCGGUGUGUAGAUACACAGCCCGAAAGAACACCCCCCCUUAUUUUGUGGCUUUGGUGCCACAGGAAGAGGAGCUAGAUGAUCAGAAUAUCCAGCUCACUCCAGCAGGCUUCCAGCUUGUCUUCCUCCCCUAUGCUGACGACAAGCGGAAGGUGCCCUUUACUGAGAAAGUGAUGGCCAACCCCAAGCAGAUAGACAAGAUGAAGGCUAUUGUUCAUAAGCUCCGCUUCACAUACAGGAGUGACAGUUUUGAGAACCCCGUGCUGCAGCAGCACUUCCGGAACCUGGAAGCCCUGGCUCUGGAUAUGAUGGAGUCUGAGCAAGUCGUAGAUCUGACAUUGCCCAAGGCUGAAGCCAUAAAGAAAAGACUGGGCUCCCUGGCAGCUGAGUUCAAAGAGCUUGUCUACCCGCCAGGGUAUAAUCCCGAGGAAACAGUUUCCAAGAGAAAACAAGAUGAUGAAGGUUCUACAAAUAAAAAGCCCAAGGUGGAGCUAUCAGAAGAAGAGCUGAAGGCCCAUGUUGUCAAGGGCACACUGGGCAAGCUCACUGUGCCUAUGCUGAAGGAGGCCUGCAAGGCCUGUGGGCUCAAGAGUGGAUCAAAGAAGCAGGAACUGCUAGAUGUUCUCAUCAGACACUUUGAGAAGAACUGAAGAUUUCCACACCACAGCCAGGCCACCUGCUUGUGUUCUUACCAGGGCAGCAGGAAAGGUUUCUCAGCUAUGAAGAGCUGCCUGACAGAAAUGCAAUGGCUUCACCAUGGAGACUGAAGCCCUCCCACCUCACUGUGCCUUACUCGCAUGAAUAAAGAGCUCUAACUAUA